GAUCCAAUGCACGCAACACCCUGUUUUAAGCGAUCGUGACGUCACGUAACGUAACACGACAUGCAGCGACAUGCAGCGUUCGCCAGCGUUCCAUAGAUGAGUAAUGCCAUACCGUCCAACAACUCUGAGCAUAGAACAAGCGCGCACACACACGCACACACACGGACACACACGGACACAGAUAAACAGCGCGCGGCAACUUGCAUUCAUUUGAGCGUCAGAAUUGGAAGCGAACGCACGACGACCAUCGAUCGGUAACGGAACAAAGCAUUAUAUUGAAAGAAGUGCAAAGCUACAAGGAGUCACUUAAGCGAAGCGAUCACUUUUCAUCAUGUUGGACAUAAAGAGCUGCCUAAAGAUCAGUUUUCAGGGCGAAGUGGGUUUCGUAAUCUGUGAGGCGGGCAGCAGCUACGACCAGAUUAUCACCCAAGCCUGCGCCCGCUUCCACAUCGCCGAUAUACAACGCGCUGGUCUGAAGCUAACUAAUGGUCAGGGCUAUGUGUUUGAGCAGCAGCUAUUGGAGUAUUUUCUGCUCUUGUUUCCAUGCCCAGAGCUAUUGUUCUAUCUGCGCCUUGACUGGCAGCAACUGCGUCGCGCCCUCGUUGAGCCAAUCAAGCGACGACGGUCGACAGAUGACGAUAUCCACGACAAGACUCAUCAAUUCAAAUUCAAAUCUGAAUCCGAAGCGGAAUAUAUGGCUGUGCCCGUGUAUCGCCAGAAUUGUUUUAUCGGCACAUUGCCGGGUAAUCCUUCAGCUGCUGCUGGUGCUGCUGCUGCUGCUGCUGCUGCUUCAGUGCGUCGUCAGCAUUGCUCUAUGCGACAACAAGUACAAAAACAACAGCAACAUAAUCAGGAGCAGUCAUACACACAGUCUCAGCCCAAACGGAUGCGUAUCCAGUUGUAUAAUAAGUCUCGGCGUACACUUCCAUCCACUGCCACGCAUUCGGCCCUGCUGGCAACAGCACCGCGCUCCAUACGCAUCUAACAGCACGAAGCACUUGAGUUGGCUACUUGAACUGACCACCACGAAAGUGUAUAUAGACAAUUUUUUUUAUUUUUUUUUCUGUUUUUUAAGAUUGAACCACAGUUCCUAGCAAAUAAGCAACAAUACAAAAUCGACGAAUGUUUGUACAUUGUUACAAUUCUAAAGCUCCUAUAAGAACUUCAU